UCUUCGUUCCUUGAAAAAAAAAAUCUCACUUUCUUUCACUCUUACUCCGUAUCACUGAGAGGAACCUGGAGUUCUUCAAGUUCGACCCUCCGAUCCUCUCUUCUCUCUCUUUCUCUAUCCUCAAACAAUCGACCUUGAAACCACCAUUAACAGCAAUGGGAGCAAGUAGCGAGCCAUCAAUGAACCCAGAACCCUUCUCCGAUGAACAACAUAAGCAACGCUCUGAAAUCUACACCUACGAAGCACCAUGGCACAUCUACUCCAUGAACUGGAGCGUCCGCCGCGACAAAAACUACCGCCUCGCCAUCGCCUCCCUCCUCGAACACGCCCAAAACCGUGUCGAAAUCGUCCAACUCCACGAUUCCACCGGCGAAAUCAAAUCCGACCCUUCUCUCUCCUUUGACCACCCUUACCCACCCACUAAGGCCAUCUUCAUACCCGACAAAGAUUGCUCCAAACCCGACCUUCUCGCCACCUCCUCUGACUAUCUCCGAAUCUGGCAAAUCAACUCCGAUUCCAACUCCUCCUCCAAAAUUGAGCUUAAAUCGCUGCUUAAUGGUAACAAGAACUCCGAAUUUUGCGGGCCUUUGACCUCGUUUGAUUGGAAUGAGGCCGAGCCGCGGCGAAUUGGGACAUCGUCGAUUGAUACAACUUGUACGAUUUGGGAUAUUGAAAGGGAGACUGUGGAUACGCAAUUGAUUGCUCAUGAUAAGGAGGUUUAUGACAUUGCCUGGGGCGGUGCCGGGGUAUUUGCGUCGGUUUCUGCUGAUGGGUCAGUUAGGGUUUUUGAUUUGAGGGAUAAAGAACAUUCAACGAUAAUUUAUGAAAGUUCUGAGCCUGAUACGCCUUUGGUUAGAUUAGGGUGGAAUAAGCAGGACCCGAGAUAUAUGGCUACGAUUAUCAUGGAUAGUCCGAAGGUUGUGGUGUUGGAUAUUCGGUUUCCGACACUUCCGGUGGUGGAGUUGCAGAGGCAUCAAGCUAGUGCUAAUGCGAUUGCUUGGGCACCUCAUAGUUCUUGUCAUAUUUGUACUGCUGGGGAUGAUAUGCAGGCUUUGAUUUGGGAUUUGUCUUCUAUGGGGCAGCCUGUGGAGGGUGGGUUGGACCCAAUUUUGGCGUACACAGCCGGGGCAGAGAUUGAGCAGCUUCAGUGGUCGUCUUCUCAGCCUGAUUGGGUUGCUAUUGCUUUCUCUAAUAAGCUCCAGAUUCUGAGGGUUUAAAAAAAGGUAGCUGUCAAUUUCGUUUGAUGUUUUGGUACCGCUCGUUAUCGUCGGGCGAUGAUGGUGUCACCGGGUUCCAUGAAGGGGGUGAGAGAAGCGAUAGGUUGAUCAAAGGGGGAGCCGGCUUUGACGAGGAUAACGAUGGAUCUGGGGCGUUCUUUUUUGUUUGGGUUUUGAUUAAAGAUGGGGUUUAUCUCUGCUAAUGUUUCUCGUACAAAUAUUUAUUUAAUUUUUGCAUUGGGUUUAUUUAUUUUU